UGGAAUGAAAGUCGACCCUUAGUCAAUGUCCUGGAUCGAAGUCGCUGUCCACUUUCUUACAUCUGUCCGGAAAUCAAACAAGUUGGGAUUGCGGAGAUAGUCUGAGUUCUCAGUUCGAUACAAUUUGUUCUUCUCAUACAGAUUCCUUCUGAACAAGGGAAUAAUGGUUUUGGAAGUGGCAUUGGCUGUGGGAGGGGCAUUUCUCUCCUCAUUUCUGAGUGUACUGUUCGAGAAGAUGGCUUCUCCUCAGUUCCUGAACCUGCUCAAGCAACAGAAACUCAAACGUGAUCUCUGGCAGAACCUGGAGAUACUGCUGCUUACAGUCGAUAAGGUGCUGGCUGACGCUGAGGACAAGCAAAUCAAGAACCCUUCUGUGAAAAAGUGGUUGGACAUCCUCAAGGACGCUGCCUAUGAUGCUGAGGAUCUGCUAGAUGCAAUCGCAACUGAAGAUAAGAGGGGUCGGUUGGAUCGAGAUAAGAAAGUGCAGUUCAACACUCGCCUUGAACAUCUUCAUCAGAAACUAAAAGACAUAGCUGCACACAAGGAUGCCCUUAGUUUGAAAGAGAGUUACGGAGGGAGACCAGUCCCGAGAUUGCCCACAACUUCCUUGGUCGAUGAAUCGGAAGUAUGCUUUAGAGAAGAUGUCAAAGACCAGAUUCUUGAUUUUCUGGUAUCAGUUGCCAAGGAUGAGGAUAAAGUUCCUGUGGUUGCAAUCGAAGGCAUGGGUGGGAUCGGUAAGACAACCCUGGCUCAAUUUUUGUUCAAUGAUGAAAGGGUGAAGAGCUACUUUGAUUUGAGAACAUGGGCAUAUGUUUCUGAAGAGUUUGAUGUUUUCAAGGUGACCAAAACAAUUUACGAGUCAAUUAUAUUGUGGCAUUGUAAUAUCAGUGAUUUGAAUGCACUCCAGCUUGCGUUGGGGAAGAGACUGAUGGGAAGGAGAUUUCUGCUUGUCCUAGACGAUGUUUGGAAUGAGAGUUUUGUUGAUUGGGAUCUUCUGAGAAGACCCUUGCAAGUUGGGGCUCCUGGAAGCAAGAUUAUUGUGACAACCCGCAGUCAAAAUGUGUCAUUCACCAUGCGCUCUGUUCUCGUUCAUCAUCUGCAGCCCUUACCUGACAAGGAUUGCUGGUCAUUAUUUGCAAAAUACGCAUUCAAGAACAAGGGCUCGGGUGAAGAUCCAACCUUGAAAGCAAUUGGUAAAAAGAUUGUGGAAAAAUGCAAAGGCCUCCCUUUAGCUGCUAAAACGCUUGGGGGUCUCUUGCGUUAUAAGGUGGAGGCAGAGGAAUGGUACAAUGUGUUGAACAGUAGAAUAUGGGAUCUACCCAAUGAGAAGAGCAGCAUUUUACCUGCUCUAAGGUUGAGCUACUACCAUCUUCCUUCUCACCUAAAGCGGUCCUUUGCUUAUUGCUCCAUAUUUCCUAAGGGACUUGAAUUUGAGAAGGGGAACUUAGUUCGACUUUGGAUAGCAGAGGGGUUAGUGCUUCAGCCAAACGGCCAAAGAAGAAUGGAGGAAGUGGGUGGACAGUACUUUGAUGAGCUAUUAUCAAGGUCAUUGUUCCAGCAAUCGAGUUGUAACAAGUCAUGUUUUGAAAUGCAUGAUCUUGUCAAUGACUUAGCUCAAGAUGUAGCUGGGGAAUUUUGUUUUAAGUUUGAGGAUGGCAGCUUACCUCAUAGACCUGAAAGGGUUCGCCAUUUAUCCUGUAUUCCUAUGCAAGAUGAAGCCCCUGAGAAAUUUGAGGCCUUUUAUGGAGUAUUCAAGAGUUUACGGACCUUUUUACCAAUAAGAUUAUCAAACUCCGGUAAGGUUUCUCUAACUCCAAUAGUUCUUAAGAAUUUGUUUCCAGUAUCAGGUUGCUUGCGUGUAUUGUCAUUAUCACCUUAUCAUGUAACUAAGUUGCCUGAUUCAAUUAGCAACUUAAAGCAUCUACGCUAUUUGGACCUUUCUCACACUGAUAUUCAGAAUUUGCCUGAAGGAGUGGGUUCUUUGUAUAAUCUAGAGACAUUGAAUUUGUCACAUUGUCAUAGUCUCACACAGUUGCCUGCAAAUAUGGGGAACCUUACUAAAUUAGAGCAUCUUGAUAUUAGGGGGACUGCAGUGACGGGGAUGCCAGAAAAUUUCGGUAAUUUGAAAUGUCUCGGGUUUUUGACUGGUUUUUUUGUGAGCAGAAACAGUGGGGCAAGGAUUAGUGAGUUGAAGGACCUCUCUCUACUGUUUGGUACCCUUUCGAUUUUGGGGCUCCAGAAUGUGUUUCAACCAGAAGAUGCCUCAAAGGCCAAUUUGAAUGACAAGAAAUACCUUAAUGAGUUAAUUCUCAAAUGGGCUACUUAUGAUACACAUAAUGCAACUGAGGUACUUGAAAAGCUGUGUCCUCAUGAAAAUUUGAAGAAGCUCCACAUUGAACGCUUUGGGGGUACAAGCCUCCCUGAAUGGUUAGGGGAUGCUUUAUUCUCCAAACUAGAGUCUCUACAACUUGUUGAUUGUGGAAAUUGCUCAUCAUUGCCAUCUCUUGGACAACUACCCUCUCUCAAAGAACUCCACAUUGUACGAAUGAAAGUAGUGCAACAGGUAGGUGAUGAGUUCUAUGGAAAUGAUGUCCUGCCAUUCAAAUCCUUGGAAACUUUGCAGUUUCGAGGAAUGCUAGAUUGGCAGCGGUGGUUGCCUUUCAAAGAUGGUGCAUUCCCUUCCCUCCAGCACCUCAUUGUGCAUAAAUGUCCGAAACUGACAGGGUGUUUGCCCAGCCUUCUUCCUUCCUUGGUGACACUUGACAUCUAUGAAUGUAAGAAACUAGAAUUUCUUCAUCAGAAUGGAGCAAAUCAAUAUUCUGAGCUCGAGCGUUUGUGCAUUAGGAAGAGCUGUGAGGAUCUCCUAUCAUUUCCAAUAGGCUCCUUCACCAAACUCCAAAAGCUUAAACUCCAGGAUUGCAAAUUUCUUAGAUCUGUUGGGAUGCCACCGGACUGUCAUGAGGAUCUCAAAUUUCUACAAAAGUUGAAAAUUAAGAGCUGUGAUGAUCUGGGAACCUUUGAUGCAAGAGGGUUGUCAUCUCUCCAGAAGCUAAAGAUAGUUCAUUGUUCAAAUCUCUUUACAUUUGGGGAGGGUGGUUUGCCAUCUAGUCUCCAAUCAAUUUCAAUUAGGAACUGCAAGAAUCUACCACCCCAAGAAACAUGGGGACUGGAAGGCAUGGGAUCACUCAGGCACUGUGAGGUUGAUUAAGUCACAAGAGAAGUUAGUGGAUGCCAAUGAACAUGCAGAUUACAGAUCCACGAUGAUGUGACAAAAUGAACAUGAAAUCGGAAGUCCAUUUGGCUGUAAUCCUGAGAAUUCAUAACAUAUUACUUCAUUUAUUGUCUCAAAGGACCCAUCUUGCAAAUGUGACAUUCUGUAAUUCUAUUUUGCAAGGGGUUUUUCUUUUCUUUUCCCUUUUCUUUUUUUUUUUUUCAUUUUGGUACAACAGAUGAAACCAAAAACAAACUAGACUUGCAAGCUUCAGGAAGGCUACUCCAGCAUCAUUGAUCAUGAAUUAGCCAGUUGAUCACCCCUGUAGGUGGAGACUAAAUGGAGUUAAAGUUCUGAGGGAUGUUAAAUUUAAAAUUCCCCUUCUCCCCCAAUAUUCAUGCGUACCCUUUCUUUUCCUACUUUCUGUUCUUCAUUGUUGUUUCUGCAUCAAGUUGACGAAAUUAAGGCAAAAAAUGGAUUGUUCUAUCUGCAGUUUGUUGCCAUUUAUUCUUUUCUUUUUCUUUUUGAAGCACAUACUCUUUUGCUACUAUUGCUUAUUCUCAAUAUUGAAGUACAUAUACUGUGUAAUCAAACAUUACUACAUAGUAUGCAUGACAAAAGCAUAGGAAGUUAGCAAGAUCACAAAUCUUUCGAGAAAGAUACCGCCAUUUCAGAAACAGAAAAAUCAGAAAGGUGAUCAUGCAGAAGGUUUUUUACAUACAAAGUUAGCAAGUUUCAACUAUGGAUGUUCUUGAAACUCUUAAACUGGAUGAUCUCUGAGCUGUUUUAUUUUUCUUUUAUGAUGAAGCAUAUACAGCUAUGUAAUCACCUGAACCACUAUAAAGACCAUAAAAAGAGGUUUUGUUCUUUCCUUGCUUUUCCAGUAGAGCAAUAUCUUUAGAUCCCUUUUUUUUCUUUCUAUAAAACUAGUUGUUUGUCAAAAUAAAGAUUAGACUUGGUAUCUGUACUUACUAUUCUUUUGAUCCAUAAAGAAUAAAUCCUCUGGAGUGAUACUGUGAUACCCCAGAUUCAUGAUAAGAGUUGCUUGUGCUUCACCGAAAUUUCUGUCAACUUGAUGACCGCCUAGAUUUAGCUUUUAAAUUUCAACAAAUUAAACCAGCAUAAUCAGUUAUAGAAAAAAGUUUUUCUAGCUUAUGGCUAAGACUUCAGAGCAUAGUUUCCAUUCAGCAAAGCCCAACAGAUCAAUACAAGUCUUUCAGCUUUGCUUCACCCCUACUGAAUUUUGCAGCUACCAUAACUUAGUCUCGAGCUUCUGAUUUCUCGAACAGUUUUUCUAGCCAUUAUGAGAAGUCUCAAAUGAAUAUGCAGCUGAAAGUUACCAUGAGGCAAUAUUCUAUAUUAGGAAAAUAUUUCACUUGCUUUUCUGCAUAAUUAAUGAUUAUGAGGAUGCAGCAGAAAAUUUUGUUUUCCUUUUUUGUUUCUUUAUGCCUUUGUAAGCUAAUAGAAAGCCUUUCAGGAUUAUGCUACCUGAAAACAUUUCUUCUUCUUCUUCCUAUUCUUCUUUCAUUUUGAUUAUAUGUAUGUGAAUAGUGCAGUACAUUUGCAUUUGGUUUCUGUUAUUAUGAAAUGGUUGAUCAAUAUGAGUCGUAUUAGAGGGAUAAUAAAAGAUGAGUAAUAUAAUGCAGCAUCCUGAAGGAUGGUAGAGACUCUGAGGCUCUCCUUGGAUAGCCAAUCUGCCACGAAAUUCUGGGCAUGUUUCUGAUAGGCCUAUGAUUAAGUUGACAUGAAGGUGGUGUUCAGGUGCUCCAAACUCAGGCCACUCGGCCUGAAGUUUCUGUGUCGGAUUUUAUUUCAACAUUGAUCAAGUCCAUAUUCUGAGCUACUUAACUCCAUGGUAGAUGCCCAAAGUUCUGCUGUAUCAAUCCUGGAAUUCCCCAAGACAAACUGAUAC